AUGCCCGCCACCGUCCGCUCUGGCACCAUCAAUCUUCUCAAUACGCUCAUUGGGGCGGGCAUUCUUGCCAUGCCGUACGGCCUCCGCUGUAAUGGGUUGGUGCUCGGCGCGUUUCUCAUUGUCUUUUCUGCGCUGACGUCUGCGUUUGGGCUCUAUCUCCAGAACAAAGUGGCCAAGUACGCCCACCCGCCCGUGUCGUACUUCAGCUUGUGCCAGAUGACGUACCCGCAGCUUGCGGUGAUUUUCGACGCGGCCAUCGCCAUCAAGUGUUUUGGUGUGGGCGUGUCGUACUUGGUGGUGAUUGGCGAUCUCAUGCCCAAAAUCCUGGACAGCUUGGGGUUGGGCGCGUGGGCGCACGAGCGCAACUUGUGGAUCACGGUGUUCCUAGUGUUGUUGGUGGCGCCGCUCUCGUACUUGCGCCUGUUGGCGUCGCUUCGGUACCUGGGGCUCGUGGCGCUCUUUUCCGUGCUGUAUCUUGUGUGCUUGGUGGUGGAGCAUUGGGCCGUGGACGCGGCGCCUGACCGCGUGGUGUCGUGGCAGCCUGUGUCGUGGCGCCAGACCUUGGCGUCUUUCCCCGUGUUUGUGUUUGCCUACACGUGCCACCAGAACAUGUUUUCCAUUGUCAACGAGUUGAGUGAAAAACCCGCCAACUCUCGAACACGCCAGGCAAACCAUGUCAUCCGCAACGGCAUCGCCACCGCGUGCCUGGCCUACUUGGUCGUGGGCAUCUUGGGCUACUUGACUUUUGGCAAUGCUGUCGAUGCCAACAUCAUCACCAUGUACCCACGCGACUCGGUGGCGCUGCUUGUGGGCCGCUUGUGCAUUGUUGUCAUGGUCAGCAUGGCGUUCCCGCUCCAGUGCCACCCGUGCCGUGGCUCGGUCAACCACAUUCUCCACAUGUUUAGCGAAGAUGCGCCCGACGCUUUGGGCGCAGACACGGCUCUCCUUGGCGAGGACGACGCGCUCGAAAACGGAAUCGAAAGCGAAAGCGGAGUCGAAAACGGCCCUGCAAACGAAAGCAGAAUCGAAAGCGGGGCGGCUGAAGCUGCAAGCACAAACAGAGCCGCUCCCGUGCCCGUUCCGUUGCCGCCGGUGCGUUUCUAUGCCAUCACCACGGCCAUUGUUGUGGCGUCGUACCUUGUGGCCAUUUCAGUCACGUCUUUGGCGCACGUGUUGGCGUUUGUCGGGUCCACAGGCUCAACGUCCAUCUCGUUUAUUUUGCCUGGGCUCUUCGGCUUCAUGUUGGUCCGCAGCGACUCCAUGACCAGAAAAGAGCGUUUCUGCAAGUACGGCGGCUUGGUCUUGAGUAUUUGGGGUGUGGUGGUGAUGGUGGUUUGCUUGGGCGCAACAAUCUUUCUUGGUGCCGCCCACUGA